AUGCAGAAUCUACAGCAGGGGAGGUUACAGAAGACCACACCAUCAAAACCGACCAAACGUCGCCCAAUGGCCCGCCCGUCCCAUCUCCGUCCCCCCGACUCGGUCAAUUCGGCCUCGAAGAAGUAUGGAUCUGCUGUGCGCAGAGCUAUGAGAAACCGGAAACCUACCCAGCAGUCAUCUAAACCAGCAGCAGCUGUACCUACAUGGUUCUUUGAGCGCAAUACAGUCUCUCACAGCCCCGAACCCCAUGCUCCUACACAAUCACUACAGCAGGUUAGGAUAGCCAAGUCAGGGCCACCGGAGCCGGAUGAUGUUACAAAUGAGAGUCUGGCUUCUGGGGGGGAGCCCGAUUCGUCUGAGCCCAGUGAACCAGCUCCAGAGAACCGCUAUGCCGUGGCUCAGGAAUCAUGGGAUGAACUCCGGGCCUCGGUCAAAGCAGGCUUGCGGCUACCACCCGCGAAGUACGCAAAGGAACCAUCUGUGAAGAAGUCGCAUCUGGCACUUCACUACCCCGGGAAUGAUGGAAUCUUGUUCUUGGAUGCGGUGGUGAAAAGACUUUCGCACGAGCUAGGCACUGACCUGGUCACCCUCAAUGCCCAGGAUAUUGCCCAAUUAUUCAGCGAGCAAGACCUAGCAGAUUCCGGGGUAACUUCGCCCAUUCGAUCUCUUGGUUACGAGGUCUACCGGUCCUCUGUUGCAACCCACUGGUCAGAACUGGAGGAUCACGAAGAUGGUGAAGACGACGUGGCUGAGAUUCCUGGUGGUCCUCGUGGAAUGCACGGAGCAAUUGGCGCACCUCGGUUUAUCACAAUCGAGAGCAGCAAGGAUUCGGGAGACAUUCCACUCCCCAACUGGCUUGGGCUGAAAACACUUUUGGGGUCUAUUAAUGGCCAACCGGACCCGGAUCCCAGUGCUGGAGCUUCUCGGGGUGGCCAGCGUGCUGAAACCCGCUGGACUCAACUUGUCAACGAGAUUCUCGGCUCGUCGGGCCAUCCAGUGCAGUUGACUACCACAUCCAAUGCCUCAGCUGAAAGCCCUGAAACGGACGCCAGCAAGGUUCGACUAUCACGGGACGUAAUUGUGCAUAUCCAGGACUAUCGUGACAUUCAGAACACUCGGGAAGGAUCCAGGUUCAUUUCUCUUUUGCACAAAGUGAUCCAAGACCGGAGAGGGGCCGGGUCCAAGAUUCUGUUGAUCGGAACUACCUCUCAGGAAAUCCCUUCUUCGCCCUCGUCAGACGGCCCUGGGCUCCUACAGAAUGUUCUUGAUGAUCAGUUUUCAAAGACUUUGUUCGUCACUCCGGCUAUGAACUCAAAGGCUGCAGAAACUGUCUUUGCUGAAGACCGUAAGAAGCGCACCAUGGACAUUAACAUCCGCCACUUGCAAAGCAUGCUUCGAUUCCGAUUGAAUGAACAGGCUUUGCCGGUCAAGGACAAUAUUCUGAGCAACCGUGCCUGGCCCCUAGAGCCAACCACAAUCAAAGAAUCCGGAAUCGAGGAUCGAUACUGGUCUUACAACCAAGUGCAUUGGAUUGCUACACUUGCACUCGGUUGUGCAGAUUCCAAUGAACCCUUUGGGUUUGAACACAUUCGCCGCGGUAUUGAGCUCAUGGAUAAAAGUGACCGGGUGACCAAUGAGUGGUUGAAGGAGAAGUCUCCCAAGCAAAAAGACUCGGAAGCAGGCCAAACUCGCGAGCAGCUUCUGGCUACUUUGCGCAAAACCUGCAACACUCAUGAGAAAAAGCUGCUCAACGGUGUGGUCGACGCAAACAGCAUCCGCACCACAUUCAACGAUGUGCAUGUGCCGCCCGAAACCAUUGAGGCCCUGAAGACCCUAACUUCUCUGUCACUUAUCCGUCCUGAGGCAUUCACCUAUGGUGUUCUUUCCACCGACAAGAUCCCCGGUCUUCUCUUGUACGGACCUCCGGGUACUGGUAAAACACUCCUCGCCAAGGCCGUGGCCCGCGAGAGUGGUGCUACCGUGCUCGAGGUGAGCGGAUCUGAGGUGUACGACAUGUACGUCGGCGAAGGCGAGAAGAACGUGAAAGCGAUCUUCACACUCGCCAAGAAGCUCAGUCCCUGCGUCGUCUUCAUCGACGAAGCCGACGCCAUCUUCUGCUCGCGCACCGGAGCCAGCAGCCGCACUUCCCACCGCGAACUGAUCAACCAGUUCUUGCGCGAGUGGGAUGGAAUGAAUGACCUUUCAGCAUUCAUCAUGGUUGCCACCAACCGACCCUUCGAUCUCGACGAUGCCGUUCUCCGCCGACUGCCCCGUCGACUCCUAGUCGAUCUGCCAACCGAGGACGACCGCCUCGCAGUCCUGAAGAUCCACCUGAAAGAAGAACAACUCGACGACUCCGUCGAUCUAGCCGAGUUAGCCCGUCGCACACCCCUGUACUCAGGCUCUGAUCUGAAGAACCUGUCAGUGGCAGCCGCGCUGGCAUGUGUCCGCGAGGAGAACGAGGCAGCAGCCAAGCACACAGGCGACGAGCCAUACACCUACCCCGAGCGCCGCAUUCUAACGCGGGCUCAUUUCGAACGUGGCAUGGAGGAGAUCAGCGCUUCUAUCAGCGAGGAUAUGUCAUCUCUAUCUGCCAUUCGCAAAUUCGACGAGCAGUACGGUGACCGCAAGGGCCGGCGCCAGAAGAGCGCUGGGUGGGGAUUCAUCCCUGCUCCCAGUGGCGAGGCUGCAGUUGAUUCCGCGCGUGUUCGCGAUUGA